AUGGGUCCCGAAAAGGCGGCUGACCAAGAUAUGAUCAGUGAAGACGUCGAGCUCCAUCGUUCCGGUAAGUUCGCCGCCUUCUAUAACAAGCACAUCUUCUGGUUCCAUUUGGUAAUGUGGCUUAUUGCAACUGGUUUUGUCUCUGCUGCGUUUGCCUUACAGAUCCCCAAAGGCUAUAAUCAAGAAAAUCUGAUCCUCGGUUUGGUCUACGCUUGGUUCAGCAUUUAUAUGUUCUUCUGCCAUGUACCAACGACUGUUGUUACCAAGCCUUGGGGUAUGCUUAUCUCCAUGAUCGCCAAGCCCGUGAAGAUGGUCAAUCCUCGUUUACGCAGUCUUCUCUAUGGCGCCUUUGUUUUCGCUGCAAUUGCUGCUACCGUGUUUGCUUUCCCCGUCAAUGAACAUUCGUCCACACGGCUUCAACGUUUAUACUCCUUGAUCGGUCUUGUCAUCUUCAUAGCCAUUAUGUACAUCACCUCCACAAACCGCCGUGCCAUCAACUGGACGACCAUCACCACCGCUCUUCUGCUGCAAUUUUUAUUGGCUUUGUUUGUGUUCCGUACCAAGGCUGGUCAUGAUAUUUUUGCCUGGGCUGCUCACUUCUGUGAAGGUUAUUUGAGCAAGUCUCGAUAUGGUACUGAAUUUGUGUUUGGUGCGGAAAUUGCCAACUCGGGCAUCUUCGCUGUCGGUGUAUUCCCAGCUCUUAUUUUCUUCGCUGCCACUGUUCAAAUGCUGUACUACCUUGGUUCCCUUCAAUGGUUGCUCCGUAAGAGUGCUGUUAUUUUCGUGAACGUGUUGCGUAUCUCUGGUGCCGAAGCUGUCGUUGCCUGUGCGUCUCCUUUCCUUGGCCAGUGCGAGAAUGCCUUGUUGAUCAAGCCGUUUAUGCCUUAUUUGACCAACUGUGAAAUGCAUCAAGUUAUGGCUUCUGGUUUUGCCACUAUUUCCGGUUCUGUCCUGUAUGCUUAUAUUUCCAUGGGUAUUCCCGGUCAAGCUCUUUUGACAUCGUGUGUUAUGUCCAUUCCUUGCUCCAUUGCUGUUUCCAAAAUGCGAUAUCCUGAAGUUGAUGAACCCAUGACCAAGGGUGAAGUCAAGGUCCCCGAAAGCGACGAAAAGGCCGCCAAUUUCUUGCACGCUGCUGGUACAGGUGCAGCCACUGGUAUCAACAUCUGUUUGCUUAUCUGCGCAAACCUGAUUUCUAUCCUGGCCCUUCUCUAUGCCGUGAACGCUGGUUUGACAUGGCUUGGCAACUUUGUCAGCAUUCAAGAGUUGACUCUUCAAAUGAUCACUGGUUACAUUUUUGUUCCCAUCUCCUGGAUGAUCGGUACCGAUACGAAGGACCUUGUCGCUGUGGGUCAACUGAUGGCUACCAAGAUUUGGGCUAACGAAUUCGUCGCUUACAUGGAUAUGAUGAAACUCUAUCAAGAAAAUGCCAUCAGUGAACGCUCCAUGGUCGUUGCCACUUAUGCUCUUUGCGGUUUUGCCAACUUGUCAAGUGUUGGUAUGCAGAUCGGUGUGCUUAGCAGUCUGGCUCCCAAGCGUGCUGGUGAUAUUUCCGGCUUGGCUUUGUCUGCUAUGAUUUGCGGUGCUAUGAGUACCUGGGUCUCAGCAUCGAUUGCUGGCAUGUUGCACUAA